GCUGGAGCGCCGGCGGGAGCUGCCGUCCCCUCCCGCCCCGUAGCCUGCCCGGAGCGCGGAAUGUGCAACCUGGGAAAUGUUACUGCGAUCUAAUUAACUUCAGCGAGUGUAUUCUGGACUGAAUUUGCCAGGCCUCCUGUUCUGUGCAAGCAUCUCUCCUCCUGGUGACGAGGUUUCUUAGCAAGACCAGACGGAGCUCAGCGUUCCACCAUGCCUGUGCCUCCCCCUCCAGCUCCCCCUCCACCCCCAACACUGGCCUUGGCAAAUACUGAAAAGCCAUCCCUAAGCAGGUCAGAACAAGCAGGGCGAAAUGCUCUAUUAUCUGAUAUUACCAAAGGAAAAAAGCUAAAGAAGACUGUUACUAAUGACAGAAGUGCUCCGAUUCUAGACAUUCCAGGCACCCCUCGGCCCAUCGCCUCCAGCCUGCACAACAGGGGGUCGCAGCCGGUGCCGGGCGUGAGCCGGCAGCCCAGCCUGGGGCCCUCGCCCCCGCCGUUCCCGGGCAGCCGGAGCGGGGGGCCGGCCGGGCCCCUCCGGCAGCCGGGCCCCAGCGCGGCGGCCCCCUUCUCCGGCCGGCCGCCGCUGCCGCCCACCCCGGGCCGGCCGGCGGAGGACAAGCCGCCGCCCCCGCCGCCCCCCGCCGGGCACAGGCCGCCCGCCGCGCGGGAGGCGGCUCUGCCCCCGCCGCCGCCGCAGAACAGCAAGCCGCCCGUGCCCUCCGCGCCCCGGCCCACCCUGGGCGCCCCGGCGCCCCCGCCGCCCCCCAGCAGGCCGGGGCCGCCCCCCGUCCCGCCCGUCCCCGGCGGCGGCGGCAGCGACGAGAUGCCGCGGCUGCCCCAGAGGAACAUCUCGCUGGGGUCCUCCUCGGCGCGGCGGCGGGGGGGCCGCUCCGGACCCCUGCCCCCGCCGCCCAGCGAGAGGCCCCCGCCGCCCGUCAGAGACCCCCCAGCCGAUCAGGUAGGGAGCCGGGGCGGCCCCCUCCCACCACCUCCUCCCAUAAGCAGGAAUGGAAGCACUUCAAGGGCUUUGCCCGCUACUCCCCAGCUGCCCUCCCGGGCCGGGCUGGACAACCAGAGAGGUGGACCACGACCGCCACUUCCCCCCGACCGGCCGGGCUCGGCAGCGCCGCCGCCACCGCCGCCGCCUUCAUCAGCUCUCAGAAAUGGCUUCCAGGAUUCAGGUGAUGAUGAAUGGGAAAGCAGAUUUUCUUUUCAUCCUAUAUCUGAUUUGCCACCUCCAGAGCCAUAUGUACCCGUGAACAGAAGUUAUCCCAGUAAACUAGCAAGAAAUGAAAGCAGAGGUGGCUCUGGCCGAAAAGAAAGAGGUGCCCCCCCGCUUCCGCCUAUACCAAGGUGAAAUGGGUUCUGGCCCAUCCUUGGGCAACGUCUGUUUUCAAGUUUCCUUCGAGUCAGCUCUCCUGUCCACAUCAUUGGAAAGUUGUCUGUUUUGCUUUAUUUCCACUUUUGGCUUGUCAGCUGGAACAAACUUCAGUCUCUAUUACAGAAGUAAUAGAUGCAGCUUAUGAACUAUCGUUGCUCAAAGCUAUAAAUUUUAUUUGCUUAUACUGCAGGCUGUCAUGAGAGGCAUUUUGUGGACCAUACACAACAUACAUGCAUCAUGCUUGCUGUGUCCAGCCCUGUCCCCUUGAGAGCUCCACGGGAGGUCUGGCUUUGAAUUUAAUGAGAGCUGGAACAAAGCUGUUUCAUUCACUUUGGGUACAGUGGCUGUAGUAUUUGAAUGAUAAAGUACAAUCUAUUUUCUGAUUAAAAAACAGUUGCUGGAGAAAACCGUGUAGCCAAGAGCCCCCUGGAUCCUUCUUUGCAUGCCUAACUUGGCCCAUCUGCUUCUGCAAGCCAUAGACCUACUACCUGGUGACCAAGAGUUCAUCCUAAACCUUUUCACUUCAGCUUAGCCAAGCAAAUCUUAUUUUAAACAAUAGAUAGCACAUCCUGCCCCGAGGAUGGAGUGUGUCUGGCCUUGUUUUUAUCUGCGGAGAGUCUUCCAAACAAAAGCACAAGUGAAGAAUU